CAACAACAACAAAUUGACAAAGAAUUAAUAGCAAAAGGCAAAGCAGAGGAAGAAAACGAAAAUGCGCGAAAACAAAUCAGCAAAUUAGCCAUGCUAGCCAGGCGAAAAACAGAAGAUCAGUCGAAACAGAAGAGUCGAAAGUCAGCUAUAUCCGUCCACAUACAGCAGCAUCUACAAAUUGUUUACACGUCUUAAAGUGUCAACGAGGCGUGGCAAGCAGCUCUUAACCGUGUACAGUGCGGAGCGCAGCGAAGGACACCGUUCAGGUGUGGCGACCCGAAACCGAGAAGAAGAGAAAGGAAUUUAUGUUCUUAAGAAAAACUUUUGACGAUAUAAAUGUUCCCUAAAUGCUAGCAAAAGUUGACUAGAAUUUGGUCAAAGAAAUCCAAAAUGAGCUCUUCGGCUGCUGCCCGGCUACUUUUGCCGCCCACCGACUACGAGCUAAGCCCUAUAAGUGUGGAUCAAUUUUUGGAUAGUGUGACAGCUAAUGAGGCCAUGCGUUAUGAUCUAACCGAUGAGACAACAUUGACACCAUCCACAAUUCUACUCAUCAAUGGCAGCACCUCAAUGGCCCCGCACAAUUACACUGAUACGCAAACGGAUUUUAUGUAUCCGCAUUACGACGAUGAUCUUGGCAUGGACCCAAAUUGGACGCGAAUGUGUGAGGAUCCCUACAAUCCUAUGCUAGAGAACAAUCGCAUUGAAUUUUGGGUCUGCGGUGUUAUGCUUAAUAUAGUGGGCAUUUUGGGUAUACUUGGUAAUGUCAUAUCCAUGAUCAUAUUGUCCCGUCCGCAGAUGAGAUCGAGUAUUAACUAUUUACUCACAGGACUAGCGCGCUGCGAUACUAUGCUAAUCAUAACGUCAAUGCUACUUUUUGGCAUCCCCUCGAUCUAUCCGUAUACAGGGCACUUUUUUGGGUACUACAACUAUGUGUAUCCAUUCAUUUCACCAGCUAUUUUCCCCAUCGGAAUGAUAGCCCAAACAGCCAGCAUUUAUAUGACCUUCACCGUGACACUGGAACGGUACGUGGCCGUUUGUCAUCCAUUAAGAGCUCGUGCCUUGUGCACUUAUGGCAGGGCCAAGAUAUACUUCAUCGUCUGCGUGUGCUUCGCCCUUGCCUAUAAUAUGCCACGCUUUUGGGAGGUGCUGACAGUGACAUAUCAGCUACCCGAUACGGAUAGAAUAUUGCACUGUGUGCGACCCUCGCGACUGAGAAGAGACCUAAAGUAUAUCAAUGUAUAUAUACAUUGGUGCUAUUUGAUUGUCAACUAUAUUAUACCAUUUCUAACGCUGGCCAUUCUCAAUUGUCUUAUCUACAGGCAGGUGAAGAGGGCAAAUCGUGAACGUCAGCGUCUAUCCAGAUCAGAGAAGCGGGAAAUCGGCCUGGCCACCAUGUUGCUAUGCGUUGUCAUAGUUUUCUUUAUGCUAAACUUUCUGCCUCUAGUUCUGAACAUUUCGGAAGCUUUCUAUCAAUUGAUCGAUCAUAAAGUCACAAAAAUUUCCAAUUUGCUCAUCACGAUCAAUAGCAGCGUCAAUUUUCUUAUCUACAUCAUAUUUGGCGAGAAGUUCAAGCGCAUUUUUUUACUCAUUUUUUUCAAACGACGCCUGAGUCGUGACCAACCGGAUCUUAUACACUACGAGAGCUCAAUAUCGAACAACGGCGAUGGAACCAUGAACCAUCGCUCAUCCGGCCGCUUCUCUAGGCACGGCACUCAACGGAGCACAACUACCACCUAUCUGGUGGCCACGGGCGGGGGCGGCGGUAGCGGUAACAAUUCAUUGAACAAUGUGCGACUAACCCAAGUAUCCGGAUCACCGGGUUUGAUCAAAAUAAAGCGGAAUCGAGCACCCUCGCCAGGCCCAGUGGUCUAUUAUCCGGCUCGGGAGAUGCAACGUUCGGCCUCGACCACCACGAAUUCUGCAACCAAUAAUAAUACGGCACUCGGUUACGAUUGGACAUCGGUGGAUAAUAAGAAGCUCGGUCAUGUCUCAUCGGGAUUUUGAGUGUACAUAGAAACAUAGAUGUAGUCUUUUACAGCAAAUAGAUACUGUAAUCGAAAACUAAACGCUCUAAGCGUAGCGUUACUUUGUGAUAAGCAUUAAGUGUUUCUUCUGCAACUUCUACUUCAACUCAUACUACUACUUCUUCUUCGACUCUUAAU